ACCCUUUCACAAUAAAAGUCCAGAUAGACGUUUUGUUUCCUCUUACCCCACGUUCUGAGCAACUCUUCCCUCAAAGGUCAGAGCUUCAUCCAACGUAAAAUUCCCAGCUUUUCUUCAGUUCAUGCCAUGGUAUAGCCGUUUGGUUUUCCCAACUAUCUUCUCCUAAUAAUUCUCCAUUCAUCUCAUAAUUUCUAAUUACAAUGAUAUUUAAUGUGUAUUAAUUUCUGAUUAUUAAAUUGAUGAUUAAUCUUGUGCCUAUUGAUACUCUAUUUUGAUGGACUAUAUAUAAAUAGUGAUGAAUGUUGUUCAUACUGUAACUUGCUUGCUUUCUCUUGCUUUUCAUUAUUUUCUUAGAAUGACAUACUCUUUUCUUUUAGAGUUGGGUCUUCAGAGGGAUGAUUGGUUGAUAAGGGUUAGAAUUUGUAGAAUGUGGGAUUCUUUUAAUUUCAAGAAAAAUGGAGAGUUAAUUGGCUUGGAUAUGAUAUUUAUUGAUGAAAAGGUACCUAUAUGAUUCUUAAUCUUUUGUAUGUAGAAUUUUUUUGUAGUUUUUAACUUCAAAAUACUUACCUCUUUUCUUUUAUAAGGAAAAUUUAAUGCAUGCUACGAUCAACAAGAAACUAUAUAACAAGUUUAAGGAUAAGUUGACUGAAGGUUCUUUGUCUGUUAUCAAGAAUUUCAAAGUUGUUGAAAGUAGUGGUGGAUAUAGGCCAGUUGAAAGUGAUUUUAAAAUUAAUUUCUUACUUAAAACUGCUGUCAAGAGUCUAGAGGAAGAUAUUGUUAGUAUUCCUAUAAAUGGAUUUCAGUUUAUCACACCAGAUAUGAUUGAAUCAAGGGUGAACAAUAACACUGUGCUAUCAGGUAUAUUUAUUAUAAUUGUUUGCUAUUAUUUUUUAAAAAAAUAUCUAUGUAAUUGUGAAAUAACUACUUUAUGCUCUUCAUUUGUAGAUGUGGUGGGUUGUUUGUGCGGAGUUGGAGACAUGGAGACUGCUGGCUCGAGGUGGAAAAAAAGGGACAUUUAAAUUGUUACUGAUUAGUGAGUCGCUUUUAAUUUUAUGUUCCUUUAAUUUGUAAAUCCUCUAGAACUUUCAUUUCCUAUUAUGUUUCAACUCCUCUUCCUCAAUCCGUCUUUCUGUUGUAGUUCUGUCAAAGCAAAAAUUACUUUAUGGGAAGAAUUUGGUGAGAAAUUCGAUCCUUAUUUGUACAAGAAGGAUUUUGGCCCGUACAUCGUGAUAGUAACCGCUACAACAGUUAAAGAAUUUUGUGGUAAUUAUUUUAGAUUUAAUGAUUAAAGCUAUAUAUUCUGUUACUUUGAAUGGUUAGCUUCGCCACCAGCUACUCAAGCAAAAUAUAUGUAAAUCUUCUUUGAACCAAAAGUUUACAACCGUGUCUGCUGGAGUACAAACCAUUGAACGCUCUAAUGUUAAUAGUAUUCCGAUGGAGGAAGAGAUGUUUUUCAACAGGACGAACAUCAAGGAGUUGUUGGAUUGUGACUGGAGUCCUGAAUUAGAGGAAUACAUUGUUACCAUGAGGGGAGAGAUUACAAAAAUAGACAACCAUUUUGGUUGGUACUAUAUUUCAUGCAAUGCGUGCUCAAAGAAGAUCGAACCUGCAAAUGGUGUGUAUAAUUGCCAUAUUUGCAACAGAGAAUGCAAGUUUCCUUUGGUGAAGUAUAAGAUACACCUAAAAGUCAAAGACAAAACUGGGGAGAGCAGUGUUGUCCUAUUUAAUGUUGUUGCAGAGAAACAACUUGAUACCUCAGCUCACAAGUUAUUAAGCAGGCUGUCAUCAGAUGACAAUGAUGUACCUACCCAAAUCCAAAGCUUUUGCAAAAAAGAAUUUAUUUUCAAGAUAAAAUUGAACAAUUAUAAUUUGCAAGAGGGGCUUGAAAAUUUUACCGUAUCAAAGGUUUUCGUUCCAGUUGAGAAUUUGGAAAUACAAUUCCAAUCGAGGAAAGAUAAGAAGGGAAAAAGCUUAUUGGAUGAUGAAAAUGAACCAAAGGAGCAGAAGACAAAAAGAUUAAUAAUAAAAAAGGCAGCUGAUGUCUCAUUCGAUAACUUGGAAGAUUCUGAUGAAGAUCAACAUGUCAAUGAUGGUGUAAUGAGUAGAAAGAGAAGAAACAUAAUCAUAGACAACGAUGAAUUUAGUGAUGAAGACACCAAUUAAUGCAAAUAGUAGAGUCUUUAGUAUUGCUUCUAGCAUAUUGUCCCAUUUUAAAUAAUAAUGUUUGGUCCUCUUUUAGUUUUU